CUAUUUAAUAUGACAUAGUUUUUAGCUUGUACUAUCUUUUACAUGCAACUUACUGCAUUCUCUGAAACGCCAGAUGGUUGAAGAUGCUGUUCACUUUCUUAGUAAGGAAACUGUAGUCCAGGCAAUAGCUCGGUCUGCCACCAAGACCAGAAACGCUUUAUCUGGAACUUACUCUGCUCCCCAGAGGUCUGCCAGCUCAGCUGCUCUUUUGGUUGGGGAUCCUGCUGUAAUUCGAGAUAAAGGAGGCAAUUUUGUACUUCCUAGGGCUGAUGUCAUGAAAUUAAGAGAUCGUUUGAGAAAUGAAGAAUUAGCUGCUGGAUCUCUUAUGUCUAGGUUGAGAAAUAAGACC